AUGUCAUUUCUCGAUCAUUUACCAAAUGAGCUGCUAGCGCAGAUUGCACUUGAGCUUCAUCCAGCAGAUUUGAUCAACCUCGUCUCUACAAGCAAACAUGUUCGUGAAGCGUCAACGCCAGCUUUGAAAGUAUUUAGGAACACUGGAAAGGACUGGGAAAGCAUGAAUACCAAGUGCUUCACGGAAUCGAAGCUUUCGAUAUCCAAUGUGCUCACGGACUCUCUUCUACGACCCCACGUCGGCUUCUUCGUCCAAGUCCUGUGGCUACAGAAAUGGGCGCCCGCUGAUAAAGAGUCUUACAAGGCUUAUCAUGGAAGAUACGUAGGACUUUUCCAAAGUGCUUACAGGGAUACUCGUCUGUCUGAGCGUAGUGUCUGCAAUACGGAAGCCCACUCUGAAAGCUGGGUGGAUGGCAUCGAAAGUGGGGAUGAGACAUUCGUCAUUGCCAUAUUACUUCUAUAUCUGCCUAAUCUUUCGCUCCUCAAAUGGCACGUGACGGACGAUGCAGAUGAGUGGCACGACUCUACGAAGCUUCUGACGUUGAUUCGGUCCUUGAAAGAUUCCCAUGGUGCUAUGCUGCUUCCGAAAUUGCGUGAAGUCUACCUAAUUGGAGGACGUCUCGAGCGCGACUCUAUCGGUGACAAUUUGCCACCCGAGUAUAUUCCGACCUUUAUGUCAUUUCCCUCCGUUCAGAGCCUUAAAAUCUACGGCUUCGAAUCUAAUGCACCAAAAGGGGCAAUGUCUAAACUAGAGAGGUCAAAUUUGUCGACACUUAAAAUUACUGGCCAGCUCUAUGAGAAUCAUGGGUCCUACGAUUGGAUGGAACAGAUCCUUAUUGCCACGCCUGCAUUGAAGACACUCACGCUUAAGGCUGUAACGAGAGGUGAUGAGAUGCUGGGAAUAGUCAGCAUGCUCUUGGUCCGGCAUGUUCAGCAUACCUUGGAAGAGCUCACUUUCGCCUCUUACAGUCACUUUUCUGUUGGCGGUCUUGGCAACUUGUCUGAGCUGACACGACUUCGUUAUCUGAGGACAGAGUUUGUUGGGAUGGGGGAGCGCUGGCUUGAUCCAGACCCUUGCAUAUCACAUCUGUUGCCGGUCUCGAUAGAACAUCUGGAAUUGUAUGACAACGACAUCUGGCAUCCAGGUCUUUGUCUCACAUGCAUGCUGGACCUGGUAGGAAAGAAGUCAAUCUUCCCAAACUUGACACGGGUAGCCUUGUAUAUGAAUACACUCUAUCAGAAUCGUGAGCACUUGGGAGCGGGCGUCAAGGAAUUAAUAGCCAAAGGUCACGCAGCAGAUAUCUCCGUUCGUGUAGAGACUGUAGAUGACGGGGCGAUUAUCCCAUGUUGCUGA